AUGUAAUCGGCUAUUUUGGGCUAAAAUCAAGGACUUUUCUAUCAUCUUUUGGCGGAAUAAUAUACCUUCUUGCUAUGUUAGUGAGAAGUCCCCGUCAGACUGUCGCCACUUUCUUUACUGGAGAAAUUUGGCGUUUUCGCUGAACUCUUGAUAAUGGUCAGAAUUUCGAGGAAAUCAAUGCCCCCGACAUAACACAAACCAUUCUUACUGCUUUUGGAGUGUUUCUCAGCAUCCAUACCCGUACAAGUCCUGCCACAGAUGACAUCGGCAAUGUCAUCGCCAAUCUCCAGCCUGAACAGCCUGUUCUCGUUCACUUCCCCUGCGGUGAAACGUCUUCUGGGUUGGAAACAAGGAGAUGAAGAAGAGAAAUGGGCAGAAAAAGCUGUAGACUCUUUAGUGAAAAAGUUAAAAAAGAAGAAAGGUGCAUUAGAGGAUUUAGAAAAGGCAUUAAGCCAACCAGGACAGAACUCUAAAUGUGUAACAAUUCCACGAUCGUUGGAUGGACGAUUACAAGUGUCUCAUAGGAAAGGAUUGCCACAUGUGAUAUACUGCCGUGUUUGGAGGUGGCCAGACUUGCAGAGUCACCAUGAAUUGAAGCCUCUAGAAGUUUGCCAAUUUCCCUUCUCAGCAAAACAGAAAGAAGUCUGCAUCAAUCCAUACCAUUAUAAACGAGUAGAGAGUCCAGUGCUGCCACCUGUGCUGGUGCCCCGAUACAGUGAAAUCCCUGGACACAGUGGUCUUGCCCCAUUUCAGCAACACAAUGAGCCAUCGAUGCCGUAUAAUGUCAGUUACCCCCAGGGGUUUCCCCAAAGCCCUGCUAGUAGUAGCUGUGGACCAUCCAGUCCCCCAGGACCAUUUGGAGGCCCACCAGCAGGCACGCCUCCCCCUGCCUACCAAGCUGUAGAGGACCAGCAGGCCAACAGUCCAGGAAGUGUACAUAGUGCACACUCUCAACCAAACUCAUCAGCCCCUGAUAGAAGACAACAGAAUCAGAAUGGUGCCCCCCAGCCAAUGGACACUGGGUCAUCGCACCCCCCUGUUGCUGGGGCUGCUGUACCUGGGAGACACCAGAUGGUUGGCAAUAUGUUGGGAAUAGAUGUGCAACCCGUCACUUACCAGGAACCUAAAUACUGGGCCUCUGUUGUCUACUACGAGUUGAACAACAGGGUAGGAGAGGCCUUCCAUGCCUUGCACACUAGCAUAGUGGUGGAUGGUUUCACAGACCCUUCUAAUAAUGCAGAUAGGUUCUGUCUAGGCCUACUCAGUAAUGUAAACCGCAAUUCAACCAUUGAGAAUACUCGACGCCACAUAGGCAAAGGCGUUCACUUAUACUAUGUAGGAGGGGAGGUGUUCGCUGAGUGUUUGAGUGAUAGUAGUAUAUUUGUGCAGAGUCGGAACUGUAACUACCAUCACAACUUCCACCCAACCACAGUGUGCAAGAUCCCCCCUGGCUGCAGUCUGAAGAUCUUCAACAAUCAAGAGUUUGCUGCCCUGCUAAGCCAGUCAGUGAACCAUGGAUUCGAGGCUGUCUAUGAGUUGACUAAAAUGUGCACGAUUCGUAUGAGUUUUGUGAAAGGUUGGGGGGCUGAGUAUCACAGGCAAGAUGUGACCAGUACCCCCUGUUGGGUAGAAAUACACCUUAAUGGCCCCCUACAGUGGCUAGAUAAAGUUCUCACCCAGAUGGGCUCUCCACACAAUCCCAUAUCAUCUGUGUCGUGAUUUAAACACUAACUGUGCUAGCCUCACUUUGGAUGUCAUGACAAAUUGUACUGUGUUAUUGACAUUUGCUAGUAUGCCAUGACACAUUGUACUAUCUUAGUGACACUUCUUAGGAUGUCAUUGUGCUAUCUAAAGUACACUUGCUAUAAUGUCAUGACACAUUGUGCUAGCUUAGUGACACUUGCUAUGUCAUGACACACUGUGCUAGCUUAGUGACACUUGCUAUGUCAUGACACACUGUGCUAGCUUAGUGACUCUCGCAGGACUGUCACAUUGACUCCCAAAGCACUAUUCAGCUGCACUGUUAGAAACUGUCUUAAUAAUGAAUUUAUCUCAUCAGUCUAUAUUGAAGUUAUGAAAUGCUAGUUCUGUAAGCUGAUUAAGGAGGUUGAAGAAAAUGCAGCUAAUUAUUACUAACAUGGAUUGGUGUUUCCAUGGGGACAAAAUAGCACUGUACAAACCAUGUAGAUCUCAACAUAUGAACAAACACUUACAGUGACAUCCAGCCCUAGGCCAUA